UGGAGAUUGGCAUUUCGUCAGCGGCGCCCUCUAUAACUGUUUGACCACUUACCAAUCACCACCUGAGCGCUUCCACCGCCUCGCGCCAGCCAACCUGCAUCAACGAUGUCCUUCAAUCACAGGAGUUAUAUUGUACACCUCUCCUUCUUCUAUAGAAGAUGCUUAACAACGCUUUCCCACGAUCAGGAUGACGCGUCGCAAGGGCAGGCCCUCACCACCGCCAUCCUCAGUCUCCAAGAGUCCAGUGUCUUUUGAGAUCCCCGCCUCGCUACAUCAUUUCUCUACCCUGUCACGCUCACUUGCUGCGACGAUGGCGACAGGCACGGGGACCUCCUAUCACCCUUCGUCGAAAUCUACAUCGACACCCCAGGUGUCGACCAAACCCACCCCUGCGAAAACGCUGUCGCAACCCAGGCCGAAUUCCCAAUCCGCCUUGCACUCUCCCUCGUCGUUCUCUACCACUCCUCGUGCAGGCCAAUACCCUACUAACAAGGCCAAUCCUCUGAAACGCUCUUUCUCAGAGUCUCAACAUGAUUCUCGAUCCGACCACCGACCACCAUCUUCGAAGGCGACGUCAAGGGCUACAAAGCAGUCUAAUACUCUUCCCCAAGCCCUCGCAGAAGCCACAGGUGCUGUUGCGGUAUCCAGUUCUCUCUCUCUGCAAACGCCGCAUCUACACAUUUCGACGUCUACUCCAGCCGAGGAGCCUCCGCUCAGACCAGGGGAAAAGCUCGUGUUAGCGACACAUCCGAACUUGAUAGCGCAGUUGAUCGCCAGGAAAAGAGCGGAAAAUGAGAAGCUAGGUAUUCGGGAGCGAUGGGCUCGCAAACAGCAGGAAUAUCGAAUGUUGCAGUCUUCAGCUACUCAAUCGGCGAAUGAGCUUAGUCCUCAAGUCGAUCACAGGAAAAUACCACAAGCCUCUCCCGAGAGCAGCUCAACACCCCCCCUUGCACGAUCUCCGUCGGCCAUACCAACACUGGAACCCGCGACCUCGAAUAUGUUGGACGCACAAACUCCAGCGGCUGAGUCCCCCUCAACGUCAGCGACAGAAGACUCAAUAAAACCAGCUGAAAAUACCAGUGAGCCACGUCCAUCGAAAGACAAUGACUCGUUCUUUGAAUCUCCUUUCUCCUCGCCAAUUGUCGAGUUCCUUGAAAAGGCAACGGAAAAUGCAGGGUUGAAAGAACCGCUGAAACAUGACGGAGCGAUGUCCACAAAUACCGUCAGCACGGUCGCAGCAUCACCCGUGUCUCAUCCUGAGAGCGCUGCAAAGCCCUCAAGCUCUACGUUAACAACCAACAAAUUCCAAGAAGCGUCUGCGAUACCUCCGCUCUUUUCAGAUAAGCCUUUGACGAACCAGUCGCAAUCUCAGCCUUUCCGCAAGAACUCAACGCAGAGUCCAUCAGUGAAUAUGCACCAGCAACCUCAGACGGAUUCAUUGGCUCCAGGCCAAGCUCAAGUGUCUCAACAACAACAAAGAGGAGGACCACCACACUUGGCGCCUCGCCAGCUGCCAGCACCGAGACCCAUACCAUUCUAUCCGCAGAAUGCGGGCAUGCCAGGCUUCUAUAGAGUAGAAAUGACCCAGAGCUGGCCAGGCCGCAGCAGCAACUUUGCGGCGACUCCCGUAUCAGCAGUUUCGUCAACGCAUACUUAUGAACAACAGAUUUUGUCCCCGAGCAUGGCCUAUAGCCCCUAUGGAGUAGGUUCGAUGGCGUCAUAUGUUGUGGGACCGGAACUUCCACCACCUCCUGGUCCCCUUCACACCUAUGGAAGCACGAUGGCGCCGGCGGCCACAGGACAGAGAAGAGAGCAUUUACUCAAUACGGGGCACAUAACCGCGGCAGAUAUAGUCGCCGGGAUUAAUACAAAGUUCAAAAUUGCGACGAAGGAUGACUUCGCUGUUCCGAAGCGAUAGUGAAAGUCCAUCGAGGGAUGUCGCUUGCGAAUCGCCGUCAUUCGUAUACCUGAAAAUCAGGCUUGCUUGAAAAAGAGUUGGGUAGAAGAUACCCUCAAAGAAAAGCAAAAUGUUUCGACUUGUUGAUCAGCCACCCGAGGCGAUAAUGAUGAACGAAUGACACUACAGAGUCUACGAAGUUACCGUGCCGUUUGAUGUAUUGCUUCCUGGCGUCCGGCUCGCUCUCGGGCAUCAAGAUGGCCACAGGAAGGCAGCGUUCAGUUAGGUUUGCACAGCUUAUGUUGUUGCACGAAGAAAGACCGAAACCGCAAAAUUGUACAGUAUAACGAUAUCAUGACAUUGGGAACGUAGGCGAAAUAUAUGGUACAUAGGUGUUCAAGGAUGUUGUAUUGCUCUUUUCCAACCUGGCCGGCGGAAACCAGACUGCCGCAGUCAGCCAACCCCAGAGAAAUCAGCUGUACACUUA